GGAAAGCUAGGUGAACAGGAUGGUGACUUUAUCGAUGUGGCCGGCGAGCACUGCUCUUAGGAAGUGAGAGAAGCGUCGUUUUACGCCCUUUGUGGCCAAACAAAGGGACACUAGUUUGUCCAAACCAAGACGAAGCAAGUUCAGGGAUGUCAAGUGACUAAUAAUGCAUCCGUCCAUUUCAUCCAUGUGUGCGAUGUUUGAUGUUCAUUGUUCAAUGCCGCCGAAUCGCUUGCUUCACACCUAGCAUCCGGGUUUGCAUUGCCAUCACGGAGUCGGCAGCGAAGGGUGGUGAUGGCCCCAGUUGCAUGCGCAGCUUAUGCUUUUGAGCCUGGAGAGGAACAGACUCAGAAAUUAGAAAGCAGAAUCAGACUCAGACUAAGUGUGGGGAGUCUUUGGACAACCUGCACAGCACUUAGAGUCAGAUUUCGGUUUCAUUCCGACAUCGGAUUUUGAGAUGUGCAAGUCUGGGGAAAGGCUACAGUGUGCCAGAGGAAGUGCUGGAUGGUACUUGUAUCUCUGAAAAGCGAUGACGCAGUUGGUAGGAACGGAUAAAAGGUGGAGCCCGCGACAGGGCGCGUGACGCUGUAUGAAUGAAUGCGUCAGCUAGUCACGCCUCACGAUAGCUCGCUCUGCUCACAUGUAGCGUAGUAAGACUGAGAGAGUUUUCAAGAUAUGCCGCGCCGUCACGACUUAGUUACUUUUCCAAGUUUUGCCCAACAAAGGGUGGCAACCAUAAUGCCUUAAGCCCGUUUGGACCAUGCCCCUGGCAUUGGCUUGUGUCUAAGGCUACAAUAGCAUAGCAACCACUAGCAACGGUCAAAACAACUGCUUUUGUCAGGUUGCGAUGGCCCCGAUGGUAUUACACGGAUGCAGGAGGUCGUUGGUGUGCGCCUUUAUUUGGAAGAGUCUGUGCACGAUGAGCACCAGCUUGUGGUGAUGGCUGGCACCCGUGAACAGCUUCAAGAGGGCCUGCAGUACUUCAACAACUUGGUGCAGGCACAAGUUCAAGAGUCUUGGUUUGCUGCUUGGGCUGACAAGACGUCCUUCUGGGAGCCAGGCCGUGGAGGCUCGUGGUCAAAUGAGGCGCUUUCGACCGGCGGGAAGCCACCCCCUGACCCUGCAAACUCCAAGCACCGGAACAUCCUCUUUAUUGGCGGCUUGUCGCAGCAGACGGACAUUGAGAGCCUCGCCAACUACUUCGCACAGUACGGCGAGAUUCUGGAAACUGAUGUCAAGAGGGAUCAACAAUCGGGCCGCUCCAAGGGCUUUGGCUUUGUGACUUUCGCUUCAGAGGAGCCUGCAGAAGCUUGCAUUGCUGAUAUGAAGGCCCAUGUCAUUGACGGCAAGACGGUGGAUGUGAAGCGAUAUGGCUUUAGCACUCCUCCAGGGCGGAGCCGUGACGGGCCACCACAAGGUCAAAGACCGGCACCGGCACCGCGCGAGAUCAUCCGGCCCACGAGCUUCUCGGAGUCCUUCCGAGACCUGCCCAGCCGGGGCAACACCUCAGGAUGGUCAGGUCAUUCAGGACCUGCCACGCAUGACCACUAUGAACCAGCACCCGUUCGCAACUAUUCGGUGGCGGAUGAUGUUAGAUGGUUUGGUGGUCUUGCUGAAACAGUGCCUCCGCAGUAUCUUGACCAGGACUACUGCAUUACGUGCAGCCUUCCCAAUGCACAGUGUGGAGCUCUCAUUGGGCGAGGGGGGGAGAAUAUCAACGAGGUUGAGAGAAAGACUGGGACGAGAGUUCAGCUGACCAAGAAAGAGGAGAACUCGGACCACCGGACCCUGUCCAUCAUCGGUCCUUUGAUUUCUGUCUAUGCGGCUCAUCUUUUGGUGAUGCGAAACUUCAAUGAGGCUUUGCAUCGACCAGAUCCGAAAGAACGUCAAGUGGAGGAGUUGCAAAAGCAAAUCGCGGUGUUGACACAACAAGUGGAUUCUGUGAGAAGCGGGCGACGUAGAUAAUUACAUUAUAUGUAAACCAAUUUCUAAAAAAGAGCAUAAGUUUACUUAUUAAUUAUCAAUAUUUUUACAAAUCAACAGUAACAACAAUGCUUGAAUUUAUGAUAGACACAUUAUAUAUAUAUAUACCAAUAUUACAAACAUAUAUUAUUGUAUAUAUAUAUAUUGUAGUUGUGUAGAGCUUUGGGUAGGCUUGGGUGCACACACAUCAUUACAACUCCCAUGUCACAUUUUGGCUCAAGAGCCAAAACUGGACAGGGGUUUCUGUCUGAAUUGAUUCAAGCGAGGUGUGGGAUUAUACCGUAAUUUUUGAGUGUGAAGGACGUACUUGAUAUGACUAUUCCCCCGGGGCUUGAUGUCGCUGUGAACAGCAGCUUAUUUCACUUGCGGCCUUCGCUGAGUUCCGCCAAGCUGUCCAGGACCGACUGGGUCGGGGAAGCAUUUCUGCUUUGAAAUCGCAGAGCGCAAUCACUUUCGAGCACUACACUGUAGCCCUUGCGGCACCCUGGGGCUUUCCAUCAGUAUCAUCAGUUCGCCAACAUUCAUGCACCAAAUCCCGAUGCCCUCGAUGUGAAGGGUUGCGAGGUGGCUUCAUGUUUCCAUGGGUCGGAACGUGGACUCGCUGAGGGACGAAGCUCUGCGGCCCAAGCUUGGGAGCGGCAUCGCGCCAUUCUUGGUAUAUUGGAUCGUCCGUCUAUUGGAGCUGCAAAACUGUAAUUCUUGCCCUCUUCGGCCACCGUGGACGCUUCACCCCGGACUACCUUUGGGCAUGCAUUCCUCAUUCGGUUGCCAAAACAGAAGUCUUUGCCCACCUUCGUACGCGGGGGCUUAUGUAUUGAGGGCUUUGGAGGGAUCUAGGCUCUGUCAUUUUUCCGGCAAGUGACGCCGUAGCACAAGUCUUUCCUGCUGAAGUUCGGGCCCGCUGCGCAGUCCGUGGAUGGCUUGGCGCUCAAGAGUAUGAGGCCCAGGGGGAUUGGUCGCUUGCGCCUGUUGCUGUCCACGCUGCCACCCGCUUCCUUCUGAUAGUGUGAGUAAGCGUUCCUGCGCAGCCCAAGCCAUGGCCUAUCGUGAACAGGUCCAAUUCUUGGAAUCGGCAGGGAUGCUGCUCCCUCUUCCUCGUUUUGGCAGGCGGUGGAUUCCCUACGCCGGGGCCGAGGUGAGCUACCACAUGGCGGGAGAGCCAUGGAAUGGAUGAUGCGGACUUUUGCCUACUGGCUUGCGGUCAGAUCACAACAGCAAUGGCAUCGCGCCCCACGCCCUUCAACGAGGCCGCCGCUCCAGGAGGCACCUGUCCACGCGCCCCUCGAAAGAAGCUCGCAAGGAAC